UAUGAAAAUGAAAUUAAAAGCUAGCCGUACUGAUACGCUAUCCUCUUCAUUAAGAUCACAACAAGAUUUUCUCUCUCUAAUCUCUAUAUUUUCUCCUCUCCUUCCUUUUUCUUUUCUUCUCGAACGUAGCAGCUACCAUUUUAGUCCCCUCUCCUUAUACCUCUGCUUGCUUGCAGGGAGAAACUUAAAGAAAGAAAGAAAGAAAGAAAGAAAGAAGAAACUUUGAACAUACAGAUGCAAAGCUUCAAAGCAGCAGCAGCAGCCGCUUCUCACACCAUUUCUAACCCUGAAAUGUACUGCCACUCAUCCUUCUUUCUCCGAGCAGAAGAUAAUAGCCGUAACCAGACGCGUUUUGCGGAUCUUGGAGAGCUUGAUCAAUCCGCUCCUGCUUUUACUCAUGACGAUGCUGUUGAUUUAAGCCGAAGCUCCAUGUUUAGUUUGAAAUCGGGCAAUGUCGCUGUUUUGUCAAACAACUUGCACUACGAUUCUGCUCUUAAUACGAGUAUUGGGUCUGCAGAGAUAGCGACGACAGGAACAGGGUGUUUGGACACAGGGCAAUACAUGUACCAAAAAGGGACAACGAUCGGCUCCUCAUUGGGAAACGGACAUAGUAUUGAGAACUGGGGGGAUUCAGCUGUGGCAGAUAAUAGCCAACAGACUGACACUUCUACAGAUGUUGAUACUGAUGACAGAAACCAGUUCCAUGGAUUGCAGCAUGGUACAAUCGUGGGAGUGGAUUCCAUUGAUCAAUCCAAGAGAAGGACUGGCGAUCAAAAGACUCUUCGAAGGUUGGCUCAGAAUCGUGAGGCUGCUAGGAAAAGUCGACUGAGAAAGAAAGCUUAUGUCCAGCAGCUCGAGAACAGUCGACUAAGGCUUGCACAGCUAGAGCAAGAACUUCAACGAGCUCGGCAGCAGGGAAUUUUUAUUCCAGCUGGAUUUUCAGGGGAUCAUGGAGCCGGAAAUGGAGCUGUUGCAUUUGACAUGGAAUAUGCGCGUUGGCUUGAUGAGCAUCACCGGUUGAUCAAUGACCUAAGAUCGGCCGUCAAUUCUCAUAUGGCCGAUAAUGAAUUACGCCUUGUUGUUGAUGCUGUAAUGGCACAUUACGAUGAGAUAUUCCAGCUAAAGAGCAUUGGCACAAAGGCUGAUGUGUUUCAUAUGCUCUCAGGCAUGUGGAAGACACCUGCAGAGAGAUGUUUCAUGUGGUUGGGUGGUUUUAGAUCUUCUGAGCUUCUGAAGAUACUUGGGAACCACCUUGAACCAUUGACCGAUCAACAGUUAAUGGGCAUAUGCAAUCUGCAGCAAUCCUCUCAACAGGCUGAAGAUGCCUUGUCCCAAGGAAUGGAGGCUUUACAACAAACGCUUGUCGACACGCUUUCCUCUACAUCUCUAGGUCCUGCUGGUUCUGGAAAUGUUGCUGACUACAUGGGUCAAAUGGCAAUUGCCAUGGGCAAGCUUGCAACAUUAGAAAACUUCCUUCACCAAGCUGAUCUUUUAAGGCAGCAAACCCUGCAACAAAUGCAUAGGAUUUUGACGACACGGCAAGCUGCUCGAGCUCUUCUUGUUAUCAGUGAUUACACUUCUCGUCUCCGAGCACUCAGCUCUUUAUGGCUUGCACGCCCUAGAGAUUGACAAUUCCCUCCGAGCAAAUCCUCACGUGGAUUUCCAUGAAUGAUUAUGCUAUUUAACAUUGUUGAGACAGUGAAGGUGAGUAAGCAUCAUUAGUAUUGUUUUUUGACGGCCAAAAUUUUCUUCUAGUUUGCCUAUUGUCAAAGAUGAAGUUCUGCAUUUUAUAGAAAUGACAGAUAGUAUAUUUUACAUCGAUUAGUAUCUCGAGGGUUGCUGGGGAUAGUUGUCUUACAUAUGUAAUGAAGGCAUGUCCACUUAGUUACAGAUGGACAAAAUAUGCUGAAUCUAAUGAGUUCGUUUUACAGUUUACUAAAAGGCACCUAAAUCAAUCUUUUUGGCUGUUCUCAAA